AUGAUUCCCACCGUUGCCGAGUUCUUCCCGGAAAUCAAUGGAAAUUUAAACAAAGUUGUUUGGGCUCAUGCCGUCAACAAUCAGACGGCUUUAAGUUCAGCCUUAAAGGAUUCUAAAAUAAUGAUGUUGGAAGCUGAUGUGAUUUUAGGAUCUAGAACAGGACAAGACGGACUUCAGCCCGUGAUGGGACAUCCUCCGACAACUGUAUCCGAUCUUACAUUGUUAGAAUUCUUGGAAGCAGUGAUAAAAUUUCAAUCCGAACACAAAAAGGGAGUCAAAUUGGAUUUCAAGACAACAGAAAGUUUUAAUGCUUCAUGGAGCGCGAUUGACUUAAUUAAAUCAAAGAUUACAUUUCCAUUCUUUUUAAAUGCAGACAUUUUGUCUGGACCUAUUGACAGUACAAUAAAACCUGUGGAUCCAGACAUAUUCUUAUCUCUAUCAUCGAAAAAAUUUCCUUCAAGCACACUUUCACUUGGGUGGACUACAAGAUAUGGACCUGGAAUGGAAGGAAGUUAUUCACAAGAGCAAUUAAAUGAAAUGUUAUUAAUAUUAAAAAAAAAUAAUAUUCAACAACCUGUUACACUUUGUGUACGCGCCGGCAUCGCAGCCAAUACUUUUGAAAUAAAAACAUUGAUGGAUAAAAUAAAUGAUUAUCAACAAUCCAAUUUCACAACUCUUACAAUAUGGAUGAGCACAAAUUCUGAUCCGGUUAAUGUGACAAAUUUAAGGGAUUUUAUACUUUAUGUAGGGCCAAGUAGGACAUUUUUAGAUCUUCCAAAGUUUAUUCUUGAUAAAUUGUCCUUAGAUAACGAUAGUUCGACCUCCAUUAACACAACACAAAAAGCUUUACAUACCUUCUUCGUCUGUAUGUAUAAUAACAUUUUGAAUUUUUUUUUUUAG